AUGACAGCGAAUAACACUAACAAGGGAAAUACAGCGGUCAUGAACCCCUCCGUUCCACCCACGCCCGAUUCUCCAGGACGGAAGACGAACAUCCCCGGCAAGUCUUCACCUAGACAGAAACAGCAGGUGGAAGGCGUGCCACCGAACUUGAAGACUCCAGCGGACCAGGAGAAACAGCAACAGCAACGAGAGCCCGAGCGAGUCGCCACAGAGACUUCCACAGCAUCGUCUUCGACUUCUGCAACUGGAGAUGGCAAAGGUGCCGUAAUCGGGGAAUACGUGUUGGGUGAGACGAUUGGCAAGGGAACGUUUGGCAAAGUCAAACUUGGGUUGCACACGCUCACGGGUGAAAAAGUUGCCGUGAAAAUCCUGGAAAAGAAGCGAAUUGUCCAGGCUGCAGAUGUGGAGCGUGUGGCACGCGAGAUCAAAAUCCUAAAGCGCAAUCGGCAUCCGAAUGUAAUCCAGUUGUACGAGGUAAUCGAUUCUCCAGACCGCAUUUUCCUCAUCAUGGAACACAUCGACGGAGGCGAAAUGUUCGAGUACAUCGUGGCACAUCAUCGGAUUCGUGAACCUGAGGCCGCUUUCCUUUUCCGGCAAAUUGUGGAAGGACUGGCAUAUUUGCACUCAAACGAAGUUACUCAUCGCGACUUGAAACCAGAAAAUUUGCUACUCCAAUCCAAUAAUCACAAUUCUCGUCAGCAACAGCAACAGGCAACUGAUUCAACACUUUUGGUGAAGAUUGUGGAUUUUGGUCUGAGUAACACCCAUGACGGUGGUCGUUUGCUGCGUACAGCGUGUGGUUCACCUUGCUACGCUGCACCCGAGAUGAUCCAAGGACGACUGUAUCGCGGUCCCAUUGCGGACAUGUGGAGUUUGGGUGUUGUGCUUUUUGCCAUGGUCUGUGGAUUUCUUCCGUUCGAGGAUAGCAACACCAAUAUGCUUUACAAGAAAAUUUUGAGUGCAAACUACAAAAUGCCGACGUUUUUAUCAGCAAGUGUACAGGAUCUAAUUCGUCGCAUUCUUGAGACAGACCCCGAUAAACGCUACACUGUAGACAAGAUCCUUCAGCACCCGUGGCUGGCUGGCGUGCAAAAGCCCGAUAUAUCUGGUUAUGAUGUGGGCGAUGGGACGAAAAGCGACGAACUCAAGACUCGGCACAAACUUGUGUUAAGCCAAUUGGAAUCACUGGGAUUAUCAGCCGAAGAGGUGCAAUCGGCGCUCUCAAAGAAAUCUUUCAACCGAUUCACGGCGUCCUAUUAUCUUCUUGACAGUAAACUCCAACGACUUGUGCGGAAUCGCAUUAUACCAGCGCCGACGUUUGGCAACGCGUUGAUCGACCGCAGCACCCCCAGCAGCGACAAUAAACGUCAAGAUCGACUGCAAGUUCGAACGGGUGGUAGUGAUGCCCGCAUCACGAGUUCAGGCUCUGCUGGCGGAUCAAGCAAAACUAUUGAGGUUACUGGAACAACUCACCGCGUUCCGGAAAGUCCAAGACGCAGGUCAAACCCUCAUCACCCGCCCCAGCAGCAGCAUUCAGAGACUCAAAAAGCUUCUGCUCAGCGUUCAGCCGCACCAGCAAAUGCUGCGCCUCCAAGACACACCGGUGGAUCUGGGUCAACUCAACGACCAGAUACUUUCGCCCGCAAGUGGAAGAAAUUUUCCACCGACCGACUAGACAAACUCAUAGUCAUCGCCGACUUUGACUACACGCUCACUCCAGCAUACACACCCACAGAUGACCAAGCUCUAAGCACGCAUCGCCUUUUAAUGGAAAGCGAGGCGCUUGGGCCACAAACAGAGACUGUGGCGCGCGAGAUUUUCGAAAAAUAUUUCCCUAUCGAGCAGUCGGCUAAACUCACGAAGGAGGAGAAACUUCCGUUCAUGAUCGAAUGGUGGACCAAGACGCACGAGCUCAUGAUCCAGCACGGCGUUUCCAAAACUGCUGUAAAGAAGGCGGUGGAGGAGAGCGACAUCACGCUGCGAGAAGGUUUCAUGGAUAUUUUCGACUUAUUGGCAAGAGAGAAUGUGCCUACGCUUAUUUUUUCUGCGGGACUUUACGAUGUGAUCCACGCCGUAUUGGACAAGGAGUACGCAAAGACCCCGGCUAAAACGCCUCCAAAAAAUGUGCACGUCAUCUCCAACAUGAUGCGCUUCGACGAAAAUGACAAGGUUGUGGGGUUUGAUGGAACGCUGAUUCACAGUUUGAACAAGGACGCAAGUGCGCUGGUGGAGACGGAAUUCUGGAAACAAUGUCAACUGGAAAAACGACACAACAUUUUGCUGUUGGGAGAUUCGCUGGGUGACUCGAAUAUGGCCAACGGAUUGGACUUCAAAGAAGAUGAGAUCGUCCGCAUCGGCUUCCUCAACGACGGUGCUGACGAGAAACUAGAUCUGUACCUGCAACGCUUUGACGUUGUGCUUACAAACGACUCGAGCUUGUUACCUGUUGAGCUUCUGUUGCACCAGAUCCAGCAGUGA